CAACCCCUCCUUAAAAUAUCGGAAGUAAAUUUCGCCUACAAACAAUAUGGCGGAUAUUCUAGCAGACAGUGAGGUUCAGACUCUUCGUAAUCGUUUUAAAAAAGAUUCAGAAUUUCUUUUGCGCGGGGUUUCAGAUGAUGACAGUCUCGAAAAGAGUCCGGAGGAAAGAGAGGCGAAGCCCCUCCCUCGAAUUAACCGCCACUCUGUUUUUUGGAUCGCGGCUGCCGUCGGGCUGACGUACUACCUCGAUUUCUUCGCCGUUAUAAUGGUGGACGACAGCAUCAAGGGUUGGUGGUUCAAUGUUGGUAUGGCGUUACUGGGCGUUAGCGUGGCGUUAGCAUUGUUCUGUAUCCUGUACCUGGAUUGGUUCAAAGGCAUUCAGCAGUAUGACCAGGAGUAUCCGGCGCUCGCUCCCGUCACCACGGCCGUCUUCAUCGCUGCGUCCUGCAGUUUUAAUAUAGCACUGUGGCCAGUGUGGUCAAUAUUCACUCCCAUAAUCCUUUUCACCCAGUUCAUGGGGGUGCUAAUGCUCAUUUCCAUGUUGGGCUGAUGCAGCCUUGAGAUGCCUCUGCUCAUGGUAAACCUUGAUUUGGACACUUAAAAAUGCCACUGAUUGUUGAAGUGAAAGCCAUUCUUUACUUCCAGCAUUUAUACCGUAUCUAAUAUUGUUAAUAAUACUAAAUGCCAAGCCUUUUUAUUUUUUUAUUGUUGAGUAUGAAAAGGUAUUUAUCUGUGUUCAGUUUCCAUAACUACCAAAUGUAUUUAUGAUAACUCGGUGUAAUUAAAACAACCACUGUAUAGGGUGUCCUUUUUUAGUACUUUCUUAUUUUAAAAAAAUCAUUUUCAAAGCUGGUUUUCACUGUUUUGAGUGUAUGAUUUGAAAUAAUUUACUUUGUUUCCUUGUCCAACAUUUCAAAAUAACUUUAGAACUAUUUUCCUGUUUUUUUUUAACCUUAUCUUUAACCUAUACAGUAGCCGACUUGUUAACCUUGCCUGUAACUUAUUGGCACAGAUUUGCACCAGUUUUGAGGACACUGCUUUGGGAAGGUGUGUGCGUAGUCUUGAGAAAUCCUAGUCAAUGGUGUUAUGAAACACUCCAGGUGUGUUAAAGCAAUGGUAUUUCCACACAAUAGCCAAUCAUGCACUGUGGUUAGCAUAGAGGAUAAAACACAAAAUAACACAGGAAAUGGUAUAGAAGUUAUCUUUAUUGAGGACCUGUAUGCAUAAAAUCUUAGUGCUGGCAAUAACACUUUUGUGUUGAAAUGUUUGAGGUGUAGUCUGGUUUCCUCCUAAAAGGCUAUUGAAGUUAUUCACAAAUGACUUUUAGGAUGUCAAUGUUGACUUAAGAGACUUGUACACAUGGGAGUGCAGUGGGGCUCUUGCUGGAAUGCAUAAAAUGUCAGGUUUUUACUGGGAAGUUACAGGUGCAGUAGGGUGCUGAUGUAAGUGUAUUGCAUAUUUAAUAGGGGAUAUUUUGGAACUACCCUGUAUUGUUUGACAAUCAGGGUGGGGGGCAACCAUUCAGAAAUGACAACUGGGGCAUCUUAAACAAAUAAUUUGCCCACCAAAGUACUGUACAAUUAACAAUUAGUAUCCUGUACACCAUUAACAAUUAGUACCCUGCACACUUGUUCAUUUCUGAAGCCAGCUGUGCAAUUUAGAGCAUGUGUCAUUGCCCAAAUGUCAAAUGUAGAAGAAAUGUAGAAUUAAUAAAAGUGGUUAAAGUUA